AUGGAGAGUUUGGAAGAUGUAGAAGUUGAUGAAUCGAAUACCUUGCUUUACAAGGUUAUGAUUAAUCGUAAGAUAGUAGAAAAAGUGCAGAUGAACAUGAGCGCACAUGAGAAGAGUAAUGGUGCUCAGAGCCAUAAUGAAGAGGUAGAGUUACUUAAAAGGUAUAAUAAAGAGCUGGAGACAAAGUAUAAUGAUACAUUUGCAGCACUAGAUCAGGUGCGUAAGAAUGCACUAGAAGCUUCAGAAUCUAAUUUGUCCAGAGAAUUUAGAAUUGCCUUCUUGGAAAAGGCUCUGCAUGGCUGUGAGAAGAAUUUGCUUGAAUCGGAGGACAGGUUGAAACAGGCUAAAAAGAUGGUUGAUGAUGUAAAAUUGGCGUCUAAGAAGGAAGUUUCUAUUUUGGAAGUCCAAAUGAAAAGGUUGUUUGAGAUUGUGAAGGAACGAGACUCAACAAUUGCAUCACUCACCACCAACUUAUCAAAGUCUAAUGCGGAAUUAGAUGAGAUGAAAUCCAAAAGGGAUGAACUUAUCCUUCAAUUAAAGCGCAUGUGUGAUAAUUUGAACAAUAUUAUAAAGGAGAGGAACCAAAAGGAAAAGAUGAUUGCUAAACUAGAGGCAGAUUUGAAUAAGCGUGAUUUGGAGCGCCAGGAGCUUUAUCUUAAUGAGAUGAAUAGAAACAGAAGAAUGUAUAUCGACAUUAAGGUGAAGGAGAAUUUGAUGAGUCAGAUUAUAAGCGAUAAGAACAAGUAUAUUUCUGAGUUGAGCAGUGAAAUUGAUAUCUUAAAGGGUAAGCUUGAUGGGAUUAACAAGGCAUUUUAUGAGCUUUCACUACCAAAAUAUGAUGCAAUGAGGAGACAAAAUAGAACAAGUUGUGUUUCUCAAAACAAGGUCACCUUUAGCACUAGUCAACGUGUAUAG